UGGUUUCCUGGACAGCGGCGAGGAUGGAGCGUCACACCCGGCACCGGCCGACGCCCGACGGCACAAGGUCCUCUGCGGCGGCGGCGCGGCUGCUGGCGGUGCUGCCGCUGCUUCUGGGCGCCGUCAGCGGUCAGCAGACGGCCCCGUUCACCGUCCGACCUCCCCCCGAACAGUUCUGGAGCUUCGCCGCCGGCGACAACCUCGCCGCCGCCUCGGAGCUCACGCGCGCCUCGCGUGCCGUCCUGCACGCGCAGCGGCUCGCCUUCGACCCCAACCUGCCGGCCGGUCUGAACCUGCCGCCCCGCGAGAUCGCCGGCGUCGCCGACGUCCACCCGGGCCUGGGGCAUCGCGCGCCCGGCGUCGAUGUCGUUGGAGAGAUCCAGCGACUGGAGGGGCUUUACGGAUCGUCUAAGGCGGCGGCGAUAGACCCGACGGCGACCCCGCUGGCACCGCUAAGCCAGCAGCUGAAGCCGGCGUUUGCCGCCCACAAGGGCAGAGCCGCUCUGCGGGAGGCCACCGCGGCCGCCGGAGUUCCCACCAGCUACACGUACCGGCGAGACACGUUCGGCACCACACCCGGUGCGGCCGCGAUGGGCCGUGCUCGCCCCAUGGGCGCUCCGCAGGGGCGCGGAGCCGACCCGCUGCUCGGCCGUCCUCCGCUGCAGGAUGUGCCGGCGCGCGAGCUGCCGCUGGUGGCGCCGCCGCCGCUGGACGAGGUCGACAUCGUGAUGCCGCUGCCGCCCCAGUACCGGACCGCUUUCCGACCGGGCGCGGGCAACUUCAGCGUCGACCCGCUGGGCGGGGCGCCCCGACAGCCGCGCACCGACUGCGCCCUGGAACUCCCGGAACGGGAAUGCAUUACGCAUGAUGCGAUUGAAGCUGCUUUCCAGGAGGCACUCCACUAUGUCGACCUCAAUCUGCCCGGGAAAGGCGAGGAAUGGCUUCCGCCCAAUGUGGCGUCCGUUGGACAGGCACUUUUGAAAACGUCAAUUAUCCUGGCGGACAGAUACAAGCUGUCCCGGUACGAGAUUGAACACGUCCUGCCGAAGGCGGACACGCUAUACACAUCGAUCGCUGAGAUAUGUCCGGACUUCGCCAGUCCCAUCAAAUGCCAUCCGAAAACCUACCGGCGCAUCGACGGCCUGUGCAACAACGUCAAGUUCCCCAACUGGGGCGCCACCAGGCGUCAGUUCCAGCGGCUGCUGGAGCCCGUGUACCCGGACGGCAUCGACCGGCCCAACAUCGACGACAUGCCCAGCCCGCGAAUCGUCUCGGCCACGGUGCACAAGGACCGCGACCUGUUCGACCACGCCUCCACGCUUAUGAUGAUCGCCUGGGGACAGUUCAUGGACCACGACUUCACGCUGACCUUCACACGGCCAGACGAGCGGACCCUGAACGAGCCGGAGGACUGCUGUCGUAACUCGGGUCCCCAGGACUGCCUGCCCAUCUCUGUCCCGCGGGACGACCGCUUCUUCUCGCGCUAUGGAGUCGACUGCAUCAACUUCGUGCGCGGCCAGCCGGGCAUCCGUCAGUUCUGCAGACUCGGUUCACGCUCUGGCUUCAACGUCCUGACAUCAGUCAUUGACGGCGGAACCGUGUACGGAGGAACCGACGAGGCCGCCAGCGAUUUACGGAUGUUCGAGGGUGGCAAACUCAAGUCGUACAUGCCGGAGCACUUCAAGCAGUACGGCAUGCUGCCGCUGCUGCCGCAGAGGUUCGAAAACCACGACGAGGGAUGCAUCAGAGAACACCCGGGCCAGAGGUGCUUCCUGGCAGGCGAAAUCAGGGUGAACGAACAACUGAUCCUGAGUACAAUGCACCUGACGUGGUUCAGAGAACAUAACCGCAUCUGUGCCAUCCUGAAGAAGCUCAACCCACACUGGGAUGACGAGAGGUUGUAUCAGGAGACACGGCGCAUUGUGAUCGCCUGCAUCCAGCAUAUCACCUUCAACGAGUUCCUUCCCAUGCUGCUUGGCAAGCGGACCAUGCAGGAGCACGACCUCAUUCUGCAAGAUCACGGUUACUGGGACGGAUAUAACGAGUACGAGGACCCCAGCAUCACUCUCGGCUUCAUGACGUCAGCGUACCGCUUCGGCCACAGCCUGCUGCCGACCGUCGUCGAAAAGUGGAGCCCCACGCACAAAUAUAUCGCGGAGCGGAACCUGGCUGACCUGAUCCGGCGGCCGUUCGACCUGUACGAGCCGGGUGCCGUCGACGAGUACAUCCUGGGACAGCUCAACCAGCCGGCCAUGGCCAUGGACUUUGCCAUCACCGAGGAGGUCACCAACAUGCUGUUCCGUCAGCCGAACGAGGAGCACGGCAUCGACCUGGUGUCGCUGAACCUGCAGCGCGCCCGCGAGAUGGGCGUGCCCGGCUACAUGCACUACCGCAAGUGGUGCGGCCUGCCCACCACCGGACACUGGCCGGAGCUGAGGGAGUACGUCAGCAACCACACGGCCGGACUCUACAGCGAGCUCUACCGGUCGCCGUGGGACAUUGACCUGUUCUCGGGCGGCAUCUCGGAGCGGCCGCUGCCCAGCAGCAUGGUGGGCCCCACGUUCGCCUGCAUCAUCGCGGCGCAGAUGCACAAGGUGCGCCACGGCGACCGCUUCUGGUACGAGCUGGGAGGCCAGCCGUCCAGCUUCACACCAGACCAGCUGCAGCAGAUCCGCCGGGUGCAGCUCUCCCGAGUUCUCUGUGACAACACAGACAGGAUCAGGACCAUCCAGGUGUACCCGCUGGUCCUACCCGACUACGACGCGAACCCCCGCGUGGCCUGCGACAGCGGCGUCCUGCCUCACGUAGACCUCAACUACUGGCGGGAGGACCCGCACUAAUAGUUCGCCGAGCGGCCACCAGAGGCGCUGAGUGUAUCUGCCGAGCCAUACAAUGAAUGCUCGGUGAAAGUGAAAGACGUUUGCAGCGAUCCCAGCCAGUCACGGAGCGUCGUCACAGUCCCUGCCAAAGUGUCCGAUAACAGCAACUGUAUAACUAUCAAACCAAUGCAGCUCUCGAUAUAUUCUAGAGAGAAAUAAGAAAGUGUCAGCAGGAGAGGGGUGCCCCCUCCACCCAGCCAACGAGAAGGUCUCGCCGCUGAGCCAAAGUUAGUGACGAGCAAAUAUCGAGAGUGCUGGGACAGAGUAUUUGGCGGACACUUGAGGCCGUGAGCAGGGCACUGUGAUUGUGCCAGCGCCGUGUUGUUAUUGGGAAGUCUCGUAGGCAAGUGUGUUACCUAACUGACAUUGUUUAUAUAGAGACAUCAAUGUGGUAGCUGGUUUUUAUGUCGGUAAAUGAUGCAUGCCCCAUUUGUAGACAUGGUUCGUGUUUUCCUCUUUGUUCCCAUGGUGAAACCAUGGAAGGAAACCAAGAUUAUGUGAAUGACAUGUCUGAGAGUAUAUAAACAACCUGUUUAAA